AUGAGUGCCGAACUCGUCGCACCGAGGCUUGUGGGGGAUGUUGUUGCUUUGCUUUACAGGUUACAGUCACCUGUUACAGCGACAAUUCAUGAGGCUGAAGCGGAGUUUGACCAACUCGUAGCUACGGAACCGGUGGCCACCUAUGACGUGCUGAGCUUUCUCUGUACAGCACCGGCGGGUGCGCUCGGUACAGCCGAUCCGUCAGCAGCCACUGUUAUUCGAUCCGCAGCUGCAGUGCUACUUCGCCAGCGGAUAGCGACGCUGGAGAAAGCGUCUCUCGGGGCAAAUGCUAUGGGUGUUAUUACGAGGGCACGGCAGCGCCUUCUGCUUGCACUUCAGACCGACGGUACCGAGACCUAUACACCAUCAGAGCUGCGCAAGAUUUGUGCUGUGGUCGCAGCGCUUGGCGGUGCUGUCAUCGCCGAACAUAGUGGUGUGGAUUCUUCAAACACAGACACGGAACUGGCACCCUGGCCGGAGUUGUUCAGCGUUGUGUACGCGCUAGCGACGAGCACGGUGACGCGUCAUCGAGCCUCGGGUCUGAACCUCCUGGCUUGCCUGCUUGACUAUCUUGAUGACGAUGCGCUUCGCCCGCACUUGCGACAACUACACGAGAUCUUGCGACCAGGGCUCAUGGACCCGGACGCUGAGGUGCGAGAACACGCCAUUGAGGCGUUGCGCGCGAUUUUAGAGACUGCGGAAAGCAAAGACUGUAUGCAAUUUCGAGACAUGAUUCCUUUGUUAGGCGCAUCCAUCGAGACUGCCAUGUCUGCCGGCGACGAGGAGGACACCAGGAAAACCAUCGAGGAGAUUAUCGAGAUGCUGCAAUGCGAGCCGCGACUCUUCCGCGACCACUUUGGAUCGCUAGCAUCGUCCAUGCUGGCUCUGAUGGGAAAUACCGAUCUGGAAGACGAAACCCGCCAAAUAGCCCUGGAGUUUCUGACGGUAUGUGCGGAGCAUCUUCGUAGCUCAACCCGGAAAAACCAGCAAAUCGUCGAACAGCUUAUAACUGCAUGCAUGCAUAUGAUGACCGAAAUCGACGACGAAAAGGAAUGGUAUGAAAAAGACUCACUCUCAGCAUCUGAGGGCGAUGCUGCUGAAGACGAUUCAGGGUAUUCGAAUUUAGAGGCCGCACAGGGAUCUCUUGAUCGCAUCGCAAUUGCACUGGGGGGCAAAAUUGUUGUGCCGAAAGCCUUCCGCUAUAUUGAUCAGUUUCUGCAACGCAGCGACGACUGGCGCUUCCGCUACGCAGCGAUCAUGACGAUCAAUCAGAUUGGGGAGGGAUGCGAGAAGCACAUGGAGCGGCAACUUGGAGACGUCCUCAAGCUCGUGGUGGGCGCGACGAAGGACCCGCAUCCUCGUGUACGCUGGGCGGCGAUCAACUGUAUUGGCCAGAUGAGUACCGAUUUUGGCGGGACGCUGCAACGCAAGUUCCACAGGCAUGUGGUGCCGACUCUCAUUGACGCUAUGGAUGACGCAUGUAACCGAGUGCGAAGCCAUGCAGCCGCGGCUCUCAUCAACUUCUGCGAUGAGGCCAGCGCCGCCAACUUGAUUCCUUACCUGGACACGGUCGUCGGCAAACUUAUUUCGUUGCUGAACAGCAACUCGCGUCUGGCGAUCGAGCAGGCCAUGACGGCGGUAGCAGCUGUUGCCGGCUGUGUUGGCACUGCCUUCAACAAGUACUACGACGACUUCAUGCCGCCACUCAAACACCUUCUCCGCCAAACGAGCGCUGAUGACAAGUGGAACCGUCUCUUGCGGAGCAAGGCCAUGGAAUGCAUGACGCUGAUUGGUGUCGCGGUGGGUGCUGAACGUUUCCGUGCUGACGCCGAUGAAAUCAUGCAGAUUUUGGUGUCCAGUCAGAUGAACAUGGAAAUCCAUGCCGAUGAUCCACAGCUAGGAUACAUGAUGCAGGCUUAUGCGCGCAUUUGUCAGAGCCUUGGCAAGCAGUUUGAACCAUAUUUGCCCUACGUGCUGCCAACGAUAUGCGAAAUGGCGCGGUUGAAGCCGGACAUGAAGUUCUUUCCUGGCCAGGACGAGAAGGAAGCUCAGGAUGCUAAUGAUUACCGCGACGGCGCUAUUCAGGGCUAUACCGGUGCAGCGGGAGCGGCAGUCGCCACCACAGAGGACGGUAACGGGGACCAGGCAAAGCGUUCAGACGACGGCUAUACGAUGCUCGACUUGGGCAACAAGAAACUGGGAAUACGAGCGUUUAACCUGGAGGAUCGCGCCAUCGCAUUGUCGAUUCUAGCAUCUUUCGCCGCGGAGCUGAAAGGUUCCCUGUUUCCUUAUCUGAUGGACAUAACGCAGAUUAUUGUAGAGAACUUGGAGUUCUGGUAUCAUGAUGAAUGUCGCCAGUUUGCGGCGGAGGCUAUUCCAGACUUGGUUGAGUGCACGGCGGAUCACUUUACCUCCCAGGGUGAUGUGCAACGUUCCGCAGAAGCCGUCCGCGAGAUUGUGAGUUUCUUCCUCCCCAAACUGUGUCAUGCAGCACAAAACGAACCGGAGGUGGAGGUGCAGGUGUCCAUGAUUGAGGCACUGGAUAACAUGCUAGAGGUGGCGGGCGAUGGCGUGCUCUCCACACAGCAAUGUCUGGACGCUGCUUGUUUCAUUUUCAGUGUCCUCAAGGAGCGUCAAGAGCGGGUGCGCGAGCGACUCCUCACCCAAGCAGAAGACUAUGAGUUAGACGACGAUGAGAUCCACAAUCUCGAGGAGGAGGACGAGUUGGACGAUGAGGUGCUGUUCGGCUGCAGCAACCUCAUACGCACCCUCCUGAAGCACAACGGGCCGAACGGAUUCUUCGCGGCCUUUCAGACGCCGAUUCGUUCGGUAGCAUCAACGAAUGAUGACGACGAUAACGAUGACGUCGAUGAGGAUGCUCCUGCCAGGACCAGCGGUCGGAGGUGGCGCGCGGAGGACCCCACAACGGCCUCGGAAACGAAUUCAACGGGAAUGUCGGAGAUCAACACAGUCGGGCGCCUGUUUGCAUCCAUGAUAUCCCAGGAGCAUUCUCCGAGUGAACGGAGCGCGGCCCUCAACGUCUGGGCCGCAUGGCUGGAAUUCAGCGGUCCACUCGGUGUCCACAUUUUGCCGCAAGCAUUUCAGGCGUUUGCGGCGUACCUCAAGGAUACAGAGGCACAUGUGCAGGCGGCUGCCGCCUACGGCAUUCGAAUAUGUGCUGAGUGCACUGAGCAGCAACUCUUCGCCGAGAUGAAUCGAAACUUCCAGAUCACAGAGUCGCUGGAGCAACUCGUGCUCGAUCCGAACGCACGCGACGAUGAGGACGCUGAAAAGGCGGCAGAUAAAGCCGCCUCGGCUCUGCUGCAAAUCGCCCUACGACAUCCACAGUGCAUUACUGCACCAACGUCUCUGAAGGCGGUGCUGGACUAUUUGCCGUUGCAGGCGGAGCUCGGAGAGGCUGAUGCAGCCAUCACCGCUCUGAUUCAGUUGCCGAUGCAUGCAGGUUUGCCCAAUAGAAGCGACCUGUACGACAUGAUACCUCUGCUGAUUGCGCGCCAGGUUGCUGUUGUCGAGGGCAAGCUCAAGCCGUCGACUCUGGACCUCGUGAAAGACGUGUUUGCGCGAAUGCCUCCCGCUGCCCUUCAACAAAUGCUGCAGCGCCUUGCCUCCAUCGACGCCGCAGAAUACGAAUUGUUCCAUCGUUUGAUACUGGCUGCCCGUGCCUAG